GGAAAAAAGGGACAGGCGUGAAAGCAAGCUCAGAUAAAAUCCUCUCCUGCUUAGUUCUCUGGUACUACCCUCCUCACCUCUCCAAUCUUCUCCCCUAUCUCCCUAUAUCUCUCUCUAUCUCUCUCUUUACCGUACUUCAGAGAGAGAAACAAACACUGGGCUCAGCAGAUAUGAUACCGGGUCAGAGAUUGUGUUUGAGUUUUCCUUGAGUAUUAUGAGUAGAGGCUUUGCUGUCUUCUUCCCAAAAGAAGGAGGAGGAGGAGAAGAUGUUGUUUUCCCUUACCCAUUUGCAAGAAAGUCGAGAUUUGCAGCCCCAAAAUCAGAUCUUUUCCCUUGAUGGGCUCUUCUGUGACGAGGAGAGAUUUGAGGAUGAUUUGGGAGGAUGGUCUUGUUUCGAGAGCGAGGUUUAUCCCAAGAUUAAUGUCAAAAAGCCCUUGUCUUUCUUCGAAUCUGACCUUUUCUGGGAGGAUGAUGAACUAUUGACUCUGUUAUCCAAAGAAAAACAGACCCAUUUUGGUUCUGGGAGUCUUGAUUUGGAUGGGUCUUUAAUGGUGGCUAGAAAGGAGGCUCUGGACUGGAUGUUUAAGGUCAUUGGACACUAUGGGUUCAAUGCUUUGACUGCUGUUUUGGCUGUCAACUACUUUGAUAGGCUUAUAUCUGGUGUAUCCUUUCAGAAGGAUAAGCCAUGGAUGAGCCAGCUUGCUGCUGUGGCUUGUCUUUCCAUAGCUGCAAAAGUAGAGGAGAUUGAAGUCCCUCUUCUGUUAGACUUCCAAGUGGCAGAUUCUAAGUAUAUGUUCGAGGCGAAAACCAUUCAGAGAAUGGAGCUGCUUGUGCUCUCUACUCUUCAGUGGAGGAUGAACCCGGUGACCCCAAUCUCGUUCCUUGACCAUAUUAUUAGGCGAUUUGGAUUGAAGGGCAACCUGCAUUAUGAAUUCUUGAGGUCCUGUGAGCACAUCAUUCUCUCUGUCAUUGCUGAUUCUCGGCUACUGCAUUAUCUACCGUCUGUUAUUGCUACUGCUACGAUGUUAAUUGCUAUCAAAGAGAUUGAAUCUUGCAAUGCUGCUGAAUAUGAGAAUGAACUUGUGGCUUUACUCAAUGUCAGCAAGGAAGAGGUAGAUGAGUGUUAUAAUCUCAUUCUAGAGGUAACUGGCCAUCAUGGCAAACAGCAUUGUCGGAGCCUUAAGCGCAAAUAUGACUCUGUACCGGGCAGUCCAAAUGGUGUUAUCGAUGCAUAUUUUAGCUGUGAAAGUUCUAACGAUUCCUGGGCAUUGGCACCAUCUGUUGGUUCCUCACCGGAGCUGCUCUACAAGAGAAGCAGAUCUCGAGACCAGCAAAUGAGACUAGCCCCACUGAGCAGUGUCCGUGGUUGUGGGUAGCGGUUCUCAUCGAGCUUCCAUCCUUGGAUUCAUCUAAUGUUUCGGUGAUGGUACUACUUAAAUCUCCUUUUUAGCUAUGUGCUCUUAAACGGGAUGCUGUUGUUGUAUGACAUUCCAUAUGUUUCACUAGACGUUUUGAAUAGACCCAUGGUGCUGGUUUUUAUGGAUGCUAAA